AUGAACGGCUACGACGAGAAGCGGCAUCUCGACGAGGACGCCUUCGGGGCGAAGGGUGGCAUCGUCAGCGCCUUUGAUGCGUUCCCAAAAUCCAAACCACAAUACGUCACGCAUACCUCCUCCGGCGGCAAAUGGACCGUCGCAAUGGCCAUCAUCUCCGCAAUCCUCUUCUGGACCGAACUCGGCCGCUGGUGGCGCGGCACCGAACAACACACCUUCGCCGUCGAGAAGGGCAUCUCCCACAUCCUCCCCAUCAACCUCGACGUCGUCGUAAACAUGCGCUGCGCCGAUCUGCACAUCAACGUCCAGGACGCCUCGGGGGAUCGCAUCCUCGCCGCUUCGGCGCUGCACCGCGACCCCACCCGCUGGGCUCACUGGGUUGACGGCAAGGGCGUGCAUAAGUUGGGGCGGGAUGCUCAGGGCAGGGUUAUUACGGGUGAGGGGUAUCUGCCCGAGCAGCAGCGCCAUGAUGAAGGGUUUGGCGAGGAACAUGUGCAUGAUAUCGUGGCGUUGGGUAGGCAGCGCGCGCGGUGGGCGAGGACGCCGAAGCUUUGGGGCGCGCAGGCGGACAGCUGCCGGGUGUAUGGGAGUUUGGAGUUGAAUAAGGUGCAGGGUGACUUUCAUAUUACUGCUCGUGGCCACGGGUACAUGGAGGCGGGAGAACAUUUGGAUCACAAGUCCUUCAACUUCUCCCACAUCAUCUCCGAGCUCUCCUUCGGCCCCUUCCUCCCCUCCCUUGUCAACCCCCUCGACCGCACCGUUAACGACGCCCCCGGCAACUUCCACCGCUUCCAGUACUUCAUCUCCGUCGUGCCCACCACCUACAGCGUCGGCCACCCCGGCGAGCGCGGCUCGGCGACGCUGGUCACCAACCAGUACGCCGUCACGGAACAGAGCCACGCCGUGGCGGAGAACAGCAUCCCGGGCAUUUUUGUCAAAUAUGAGAUUGAGCCGAUCCUGCUGAAUAUCGUGGAGACGCGGGAUGGGUAUCUCAUGUUCUUGAUCAAGGUCGUGAAUGUGAUUAGCGGGGUUCUGGUCACUGGGCACUGGGGGUAUCGUCUGAGUGACUGGGCGCGGGAGGUCCUUGGGAAGCGGAGGCGGAGGCAGACUCAGGGUAUGCUGGGGAGGAAGGAAGAGCAUUUCGAAGAGUAA